CAAGUGUAAUAUGGGUGGGAGUUACAGUCAAAGCUGCCAGACACACUCUCGCUGAAGCAUAUAAGCUUCCAGAACGUGUUUAGGCUCGCACAUCUGGACUGAAGUUGGACGACAGAGGAACCUCCCGAAUAGGAGUAAAGAUGAUUUGGAAAACAGCUUUACACCUCGCCCUAUGCUGGAUCGUCCUGUCUUUAGUGUCCGGCCAGCUGACUAAAGAGCAGAAGGAUCAGAUCGUGGCUUUGCAUAACCACUACCGCUCUGUGGUCAGUCCCAAAGCUGCUGAUAUGCUACACAUGGUUUGGAAUAAUACCCUGAGUUCUAUCGCUCAACGUUACGCUGCUCGGUGCAAUUUCAAUUACAACAUGGACGUGAGGGACAAACUGGGAGAAAACAUCUUCUUGACCACACGUGAUUUUAACAUCACUGAAGCCAUAGCUAGUUGGUUUAAUGAACACAAGCAUUAUGAAUAUGCAACCCAAACCUGCAACACAAGGUGCAGACAUUACACACAGAUGGUAUGGGCGAACAGCAGCAGGGUUGGCUGUGCCUCACACUUCUGCGAGACGCUGAAUGAUGAGAAGAAUGCCAUGUUUCUGGUCUGCAACUAUUCCCCACUAUAUAUAGAAGGAAAAACACCAUAUAGAGAAGGAGAUCCAUGCUCUAAAUGUCCAGAGGAGACGUCUGAAUGUAUAGAAAAUGCCUGCGCUCAAAUUGAAAGUUCAACAAAGAAGUCCAUCAUGAACCCGAGGACAACAGACACGUCUCGGACAGGACCUCCUGGUUCAGCGGGGUUUACAAAACUCUCAGUGACUACACUACUACUGUCUGUUCUGAUGACUUCUCUUAUAUUCUGAAUGAUUUAGAGGUUGAUUCCAGGAAAUUUCCAUGAAUCAUGGAUGACAUUUUGAGUAGCUCCCGUUGCCUUGAUUCAUAACCUUUACAACUGACAGCUUUGUGUUCAGAUAUUAGCAUUUGCUUUUGUAUAGCAAAAAACGUAUUAUCUAGGAUUGCAUUUGUUUGUGCCGAAAGGGUCAUGUGUAAAAUAAUUAAUAUUAUCUGUCAAAAAAAUAUUUAAAAGCACUUACAAUCCUUUAAUAGUUUUUUAAUGGUAGAAAACCAGACAGACAGAGCUAUUGGGGUUAAACCUGAAUAGAAGUGCUAAUGCAUGCAGGAGGCUAGUUAGCUAAGAGAUAGAGCGGGAACAUCCUUUGUUGGAUUUGUUGGGUUUCUUUGUUUUACAUUUUAAACUCCAGCUGCUUGAACUGAAUUUACCGCAUUCCAUCAUAACUGUAAUAUUAACAUUAGUGUUUAAUACAUAUUUAUAAUGUCUUUAAAAUAGUUUGUACAGAAUAAAAGCCUACUUUCCCAGAAGAAUGUACACAGGCUUACAUUUUAAUGAAUACUGUUUAGAGGAUUUAAUCUAAAGUCAAUAGCAAAAUGUUUCAAUUAAGACUUUGUAUGACUUGAUGAAUUUAAAGUUAUAUGUUUUUUUUGUGAUAGUUUAUAGAAAUGUGUUGUUUGUAUACAGUUUGCACUGUAUCUUAAGCUCAUCGAUUGUGAGGAAGGAGUCUUGUUUUACUGUAAUGCACUGAUUUGUCAUGACACACAGGCUCAAAAAUUUAAAUGAGUUCCUGGGAAUCCUGGAGAAAAAAAAUUAAAUAAUUAAAUAAACUGAAGCCGAAUAAAAGUGUCAUAGGCAACACGAAAUUUGGAAGUACUGUCUGUGAUUAACUGUUGGUGUGUAGUUCUUUUGAUCUGUUUUUUAUCUUAUGACAUUGUAUCAAAUCACUAGACAUUUAAAUUACUUCACCGAUAAACAAGUUAUUCUAACCCUAAACCAUUUAUUUUAUUUCAUUUUAUACAGUCAGAAUUACUUAUACUUAUUACUUGAACAUGUACAAAGUGAUGUUCUGUUUUUUUGUUUUUUUUUUACUACAAUGUAAUAAAAGCUUAAGUAAUAAAUACAGUACUGCAAUACAUUUCUCUGAACAGGGCUAUACAUUUGAUAUUGUAUGGUGAAGUGUAUCCAGCAGGGGUCGACAGAACCUUAAUAAUGGUUCACCUUCUGCAAGACUCCUUUAAGUGAAGGUUGGGGUAGUUUUAGAUUAAAGAGAUAUAAAGAUGUAAGCACUCACACACCGCUUAUACCACUUUAUCCUGUGUUCAGGGUAAUGGGGGGCACGAGGUGGGGUACACCCUGGACAAGGUGCCAAUCCAUUGCAGCGCAUACAUACAUAUACACUUAAGCAUUUACACACUAUGGGCAAUUUGAGAAAGCCAGUUAGCCUCAUCUGCAUGUCUUUGGGAGGAAACCUACCAAGCAUGG